AUGCUAGGGCGAAAUGCGGUGCUCUUCAUCGCUUUGCAGUUUGGCUCUCGAUUUGCAAACUCCUUCCUGGUUACCGCUGCCAGGUAUGAGUUGCUCGAGGCGGGUGGCGUCAUGCAGUUUGCUGGAGCGCAAGUGGCAACAAGCCUGGCUCGCAUGGUUGUGUCGCAGAUCGCGGGCCUUCUGACGGACAACUUUGCCCUGAAGAAAAUGUACGUCGCGACGGAGGCAUGCAACUUGGUCCUGGCUCUAGCGAUGCUCGUAUGUGGCCAUGCAUCUGGCAGCGUGCUCUUCAUUCUGAACAUAGGCCUGGGUUUGCUCUACUCCUUCUCACAGCCGGUGACCAAAUCCAUGCCGCCGGCGGUAACUCCGUCGCGUGAGGAUCUUGCUGUCAUCAAUGGCUGGGAUCUGACUUGUGACAAGGUGGGCCGCUAUUUGGCACCAUUUGCCUAUGCCAUGGCUUCUUCCAGCCAUGGGUUUGACUUUGCAGUGCUCCUCAGUUGCUUCCUGUACGGCGUAUUGGCCGUGCUGCGAACAUGCGUUGUCGUGGUUGAGCCCCCGCGAGAACCCUCCAAAAUGGGCUCCAAAGCAACUGUUCGCGAGAAGUUGGGACGUCUUUUCCAACAGGUCGCAGAUGGCGUCAUGUCACUGCGGCGGGACUCUGUGUUGCGACUUCUCAUUCUGAACACACUAGUGACGAACGUUUUCCUAUAUCCUUUGAAUUCUGUACAUUUUCCGGUGCUCUUCAAGCGGGUCGCCGAAGCCGGAGGAGAACAUUCUGCGGUGGACGGCUUGCUGCAGGGAGCCAUGAGCUUCCUGAACAUCAAGAAGAAGGACAUGUGGAGGAACUACAGCGCGUUGGUUUCUCUCGGUGGUGUUGUGGGUCCUUUCCUGUCAAACGCUCUGAUCUACCUCUUGGAGUCCUACUCCACCAGCCACAAGUCGUGCAGACUCUGGGUCGGGAUCAACUUCGGCCUUGCUGGGCAAGUCGCCACGAUGGCUCUCCUGGCCUUGAUGCUGUCUUUCAGUGGAAGCCUGGGUACCGGUUUGCUGGUUUUCAACCUCGCCGGCUGCCUGAUUGAUCUUGCACGUGCGAUGAUCAUGAAUAAAAGCCGGUUCAUCUUCUUUCCUGAAGCUGCUGUCCAAGGUGAAGGUUGUCGGUGCUUGGCAUGGCAUGCAGAGUCCAAGCCAAAGAUUCGCCAGACUCGCUUUAACAUGCAAAAGCCAUGUGCCGCAGAUGCCAAUUGGACCCGGACGUAUACCGCGCAGCGAGUGUUGGGCAAAGGAUCCUUCGGCGUGGUGUACCAGGCGCAGGUUCUCGAAACCGGGGAGACGGUCGCCAUAAAGUCGAUCCGUAUGCAGGACAAGGAUCGGGAGGUCCAGAUUCUGAAGGAGCUGGACGGGCACCCGAACAUCGUGACUUUGCACGGUGCAUUCCUCAGCGACGAGGGCACCGCGACGAACGGUGGCACCAGGCUCAAUCUGGUGCUGGAGUAUCUUUCUGACACGCUGCACCGAGUGAUCAAGCACUACAACACGACAAACAACAAGAUGGACGCUUUCUACGUGAAGCUGUACCAGUUUCAGCUCAUGCGAGGCCUUGCCUUCGUCCAUGGUCGUGGUAUCGCACAUUGCGACUUGAAGCCGCAGAACCUGCUGCUGGAUGGCAAAUCGCAGACCCUAAAGAUCUGCGAUUUCGGCACCGCGAAGCGCAUGGUUUUCGGGGAACAGGGGCGAGCUUAUAUGGUCUCUCGGUACUACCGUGCUCCCGAGUUGAUUCUGGGAGCCACCCAGUUCAGCACAAGCGUGGACCUCUGGUCUGCGGGAUGCGUAUUUGCAGAGCUGAUCCUGGGUCAGCCGCUGUUCACGGGCAAAGAUGGCAUCGAUCAGCUCGUGCAGAUCGUUAAAGUUCUUGGCACUCCGUCAACGCAGCAAUUGCGUGCGAUGAACCCCAACUAUCCUGAGUACGAGUUCACGCCUUCGAUCUCCCCGCAUUCCUGGGAGAAGGUCUUGCGCGGUUGGGCCCCAGUGCACGCGUGCGAUUUGGUGAGCUUGAUGCUGACGUACGACCCAGUCCAAGCCUUGUCUAGGCCGCUUCAUGUCCUGCUACAUCCAUUCUUUGCUGAGCUGAAAUCAAUAGAGAAGAAGGAGCAGUGCAAGAUGCUCUUCAACUUCCGCGAGGACGAGUUGUGGUGGCUCACUUCGGUGGAGAGGCAGCAACUCAUCCCCAGUUGGGCAGCAGCGGAGGUAGCGCGGCGUGACUGA